AUGACUCCCGAGACGUCAGUCAGGUAUCUAGGAGUUAUCUUGGAUAAAAGAUUGAAUUGGAAGUUGCACCUAGAGGCGGUGUGUAGGAAGGCUUGCACAUAUUUCUGGAUGUGCAGAAGAACCUUAGGGCAAACCUGGGGACUUCAGCCGGACAGGGUGCUUUGGCUAUACUCGGCUGUGCUCCGACCUAGACUGCUUUAUGCUGCUGUGGUAUGGUGGCCAAGAACACAGCUAGCGGAGGCUCGGGCAAUGCUGGAACGCGUCAGGGCUCUUAUUUUAAGAGGGGCUCUGGGAGCAAUAAGAACAACGCCGGUGGCAGCAAUGGGAGUGCUGCUCGGCAUCGAACCACUCCAUCUUGCGAUAGUGGCGGCAGCAGCGGCUACGGCGUACAGGUUGAAGUGUGAAGCCAAGUGGACGAUAGGGGUGGGCCACACCCGGCUACCACGGGAUAUCCAGAUGGAAACCGUGUUGGAUAUAAGGCAGGACAAGAUGCCGAGAAAACGCGACUUUGAUAGAUCUUUCAAGAUCUAUCUUCCUAGUCGUGAGGAGUGGGAGAGGCACGAGGUGCUCGUUAUCAGGAAUGGGGACGUCUGGUACACGGAUGGCUCCAAAACUGACGGGGGCGCCGGUGCCGGGGUCUUUGGAAGUCGUGAGGGCUUUAAGGAAGCUCUCCCCCUCGGAGAGUUCACCACGGUCUUUCAAGCGGAGGUGGUGGUAAUCAUGAGCUGUGCUCAAAUGCUGAUUGCAUCUGGGCAGAUGGGCAGGCGUAUCAGGAUCUGCUCAGACAGCAAAGCGGCCCUAGGGGCGCUGGGGGCGUGCGUCUUUGACUCGCGGCUGGUAUGGGAGUGCAAGGAUGCAUUGAACAGGCUGGCCGCGGGCAAUGACGUUGCUCUCGUGUGGGUCCCGGGGCACGCGGGAAUCAAGGGGAACGAGGUCGCUGAUGAGCUAGCAAGGAACGGCUCUUCAGCUAGAUUAGUGGGACCGGAACCGGCCCUUGGAUUGCCAGGCUGCAGUGGCAAGACGAAAAUAAGGGACUGGUUGCGUGACCGCCAUAUGAGCUAUUGGAAGGAGGAAACAAGGACCAAAUGUCGGCAGGCAAGGGCCCUGUUGGGGGAAGUGCCCAGGUUUACGUUAGGUUUUGCGCUUAAUGUAUGUGUGUACGCUGCGCAGGAUAGCGGCAGCGCAGCGUACUAG